ACCUCUGUUCAAACUCUGGCUAAGACUGAAAUUCCCCAUCUGUCAGCGCUGCUACACGUGUCUGUGAACAGUAGAAGAAAGCACACCUCCCUUUCGGUAUUUUACUACCUUCAGGGGAAAACUAUCAAAAUGCAUAAUCAACUCUAAAAUGUCUGCAGUGUGGAUGCACCCUAAUAGAUGUUGCAACUUAUGCAGCAAAGUUCCAAUGGCCCUGUAAAGAAGUCCAUGCGUGAGAAGGCUGUUGAGAGAAGAAAUGUCAAUAAAGAACACAAUAGCAACUUCAAAGCCGGAUAUAUUCCAAUUGAUGAGGAUCGCCUCCACAAAACCGGCUUGCGAGGGAGAAAGGGCAACUUAGCCAUCUGUGUGAUUAUCCUCUUGUUUAUCCUGGCCGUCAUCAACUUAAUUAUAACACUUGUUAUCUGGGCUGUGAUUCGCAUUGGACCAAAUGGCUGUGACAGCAUGGAGUUUCAUGAAAGUGGCCUGCUUCGAUUUAAGCAAGUAUCUGAUAUGGGAGUUAUACAUCCUCUUUAUAAGAGCACAGUAGGAGGAAGGCGAAAUGAAAAUUUGGUCAUCACUGGCAACAACCAGCCGAUUGUUUUUCAGCAAGGGACCACAAAGCUCAGUGUAGAAAAGAACAAAACUUCUAUUACAAGUGACAUUGGUAUGCAGUUUUUCGACCCAAGGACUCAAAAUAUCUUAUUCAGCACAGACUAUGAAACUCAUGAGUUUCAUUUACCAAGUGGAGUGAAAAGUUUGAAUGUUCAAAAAGCAUCUACUGAAAGGAUUACCAGCAAUGCUACUAGUGAUUUAAAUAUAAAAGUUGAUGGGCGUGCUAUAGUGCGUGGAAAUGAAGGAGUGUUCAUUAUGGGCAAAACCAUUGAAUUUCACAUGGGUGGUAAUAUGGAGUUAAAAGCAGAAAACAGCAUCAUCCUAAAUGGAACUGUGAUGGUUAGCACAACUCGCCUACCUAGCUCCUCCAGUGGGGACCAGUUUGGUGCUGGCGACUGGGUGCGCUACAAGCUCUGUGUGUGUGCUGACGGAACUCUCUUCAAAGUACAAGUCACAGGCCAGAACAUGGGGUGCCAGAUCGCCGACAACCCCUGUGGCAACACUCAUUAGAAGAACCUGAGAGGUCAUCAAUAUGCUCCUAUCUUGACUUUUUUUUUUGAGUAUGCAUGCAAAUCAUGUUUUUACAGUUUGUGAUAACUGGUAAUUAUUUUAUCUGCAGAGCACUACUGUAUCUAUUAUACUACAUAAUCCCCAUAUUUAAAAUAUUAUCAGAGAGCCUACAUUCUAUUUCAUUAAUUUGCACUGAUCUUCAAAUUACAGUUCUCUAAAAUAAUUAUCAGAAAUGAAUAAAAUCAAGAUUAAUCUUUAAAAAAGUGUUUUUAAAAUUCCACUAUUCCUUGUCUAAAGGAUAAAGGGCUGAAGCAACUGUUUAGACUCACUGUAAGUAAGCUUUUGGUAACUAAUGGGAAUAGACCCACUUAAGAUAUUUAAAAGGUACACUGCCAAUAAAUGUUACAUGCUU